UGUUUUAGGCUUGCCAGCUGAAAUUCGACGACUCCGUGACAAGAUCCAAGAAUACAGACCUGGUAAUUGGACGAUCAGAGAUGCAGGGUCUAGCUUCGAAAAACCAUCCAAGGUUCAACUAGGUGUCUUCGGAGUGCAAGACUCAGGCAAGAGUGCCUUUCUCAACUCUCUUUACUUUGCUUACAAAGGUGUAUGGCAGCAAGUCUACCUCGAGAGCAAUACGGAAGGGCAAGGAGGAGAGACUAUAUAUCGAGACCCUACUGUACUUACCGAUCAAGUAACAAUUUUCGAUACACGUGGACUAUCGGAUCUGAGUUAUUACAAAGUGAUGGAUGUAAUGAAUGAAAUCACUGGAAAGCGAGGAAUCGAUCCUCGUUCUUGGACGGCUGGAGAAAGGAUCGACUGUCCCAUCUUUAUCCUGAAAUACAACUCUGCUACUGGAAUACAACAUUGUCGUGACUUCCUAUCGUCACUUGUACCAAAAAUCAGGAAAGAGUUCGGCUCGUAUCCGAUCAUGGUUGUGACCUUCGCUGGCAGCAUCUUGAAGCAGGAAGAGAUCGUUGGCGACAUCACCAGAACUGGUAUGGAGAAGAACAGUCUAUUCUUCAUUGAGAACUACACAGCUUCGAACCACGAGAUGGAUUCUAAGAAAGACAUUGCUCUUCUCAAGAUCCUGGAAGCCUGUAUCAAGCGAGCCGAUGAUAACAUCACGUUCCACUGUCGAAAAAAGAAGGAGUCACUACCCAACAGGAAAUGUGAGAUAAUGUAAAGAUAUUGCACAUCAAGCCGGGGUGAAUGAAUUUUUACAUAGUUAGUACAUACGUCAAGGUCACGCACAUGUACGUGCACGAGAAUGUACGCGACCUUUGUCAAGUUUUGUCUACUUAUUUUUAUUCAUUUUAUUUCUGGCAAAAGAAGUACAAGAAAUUACAAAUGCACGAAAAUUGCAAGACCCAUUGACCGAUCGUCAGGAAUGGACAUAAGGGCACUAGUUCCUAUUUAAGUUUUCCCCUCGCCAGUCGCUAGUUUACAAACAUAAUUAUAAACAUGAAGAAAUGAAUUGAAAUACGUAGAUUCUUAUUUCAUCAAAACACAUUUAGAUUUCAAAAAACAAACAUUAAAGCAAUGGAGGCAAGGAGGAGCAUGUGAAAACAUGUUAAAGAAAUUAGAUUCAAGUAAGAGGUUUUUCCAAAAAUAAAAGACUUAAUCAUAAUUAUUUUUUUAUCUGUUAUUACAAUGUAAAAAAAGAAAAAAAGACAUAGAGUUAAGUGGGAAUGGGGGGGAUUUUACAAAUUAAUCAUAAGGGUAAAUUUGUCAUGACUGUAUCGUACAUUUUGAAAACAAAUUCACUGCAUUUUGAAAACAAAUUCACUGCGUAGUUAUACCUGAACAAAUACUGCAAUUAUUAUCAUUAUUGCUAGAGGUAUCACGAAUUUCCUUGUUGACCAUAGUAGAUUGCGAGACAAAUGAAUACCCUCUAGCGAUUAUUUCAUUCCGCAAUAAUGAACCUAUUUAGUAUUAUCAUUAUUACUAAAAUGAAGCGUCCGAAAUUAAUGGUAUAUCAAAUUAAACGCAGGAAAAUCAGGAUGCAUUCUCAAUAGGAGGGAGACUUAAGGUUUAAUUCCGGAUAGCUUUGAGGAUAGGCCGAUAGGGUAUAUGGAAGUUCCAAUAAGGCAAAGAUCUUUUGUGUCAGAUGGUAUCGAAUCCCAUAGUCUCGAUUCAUUGGUGUUAUUUACAAAUUGCGGCCGUUUACACCACUUCGUAUUAAAGUUUCUAAUUUACAAUUCAUUCAUUCACUCUAGCAUUUCAUAUUACAAUAUUGUAGAAGCCUAUGGAUGCCACCCAGAUUUCCAAAUAUAAUCAUCUUGUCAUAUCUAUAACCCUUUAAAAAGAUGAUCAGAUGGCAAAAUCGUUUUCUUCGUCGUGUCAUCUGAUCAUAAUCUAGGAUGAAUAUACGUCAUCUGAUAGACGUGGCUAGAUCCGAGUUAUCGUCUUCUGUUCAUUUUUUUUUUCAAACUAUAUGAUUAUCUGAACAUCUGGAUGACACUAUUAAGCCUCCAUACAAUUGGCAUACAAUCAAGUAGAUACAUAGUAGGCCUAUAGUGCAUAAACAUACGAUGCUUGACCCCAUUGGUAUUUUUCAAUUAUUCCAUUGAACAUUGUUAAUUUCUAUUUGUAUUUGAUAAAUUUCAAUCAGUUAUUUAUUUCAGGGGACUCACAUAAACAAGCGAUGUUUUCCAGUGAGUUCCCUCUUUUUCAUUUUUGUUAUUCAUAUUCUGAUUUGUUCCUAAUUACUCUGUCAAUUUGUUUGAAAUGAAGAAGAAUAAAUUCAAUCAAUCAAUCAAUACAGACUUGAUUUUACAUACAGAGAGCCGGGCGGAUUUGCACUGGAUCUGGAUAUUUUGACCAUACUGAUCGUAUUCUCUAUAGACUUAAAUCAUUAAAAAUUACUUAUAUCCAUAUACAUAAAAUAGCCAAUUAGAGUUUGUAUUAUAUCGCUU